AUGGUUGCAACAACAAAGGACGGAGAAAGAGUGAACGCUCCGAUGGGAGAUACUGAGCCUGAGCCGGCUAGAAUGGGCUCCAUCCGAUUCAUAACUGCAUUACAGUCUCAGUUGAGUAACUUGAGGAAAGAACCAGAGAGGGGAUUGAUGUAUGUGGACAUCUCAGUAAAUGGGAAAACCUCUAAAGCUCUAGUCGACACAGGGGCCACAGAUACGUUUAUCUCUCCUGAGGAAGCGGAGAGAUGUAAGUUGAUUGUAACCAAGGAGGUGGGACAAAUGAAAGCAGUUAACUCUACCGCUUCAAUGAUAUGUGGAGGUGUGAAGAGGGUCAGUAUCAAGCUUGGGUCUUGGGAAGGAAGUGUAGAUUUCACUGUUUCCCAUAUGGAUGAUUUUGACGUGGUGUUAGGGCUCGAUUUUAUGAUGGCAUCCCAGGUGAUUCCUGUUCCGGCAUCAAGUUGUUUAAUGUUCAUGGGGGAGCAGCCAUGUGUGGUACCAGCUACGAUUCUCCCUCGUCCUGGGAAGAAGAUAUUGUCCGCUAUCCAAUUUAAGAGAGGGGUUUGA